GCGGCGGUGCGGGAUGCGCGGCCCCCGAUGGGAUGUAGCGGGCGGCUGCUGGGACCCGCCGGGGGCCGCCGCGCCUCGCUGCUCCUCACCAUGAUCCUCUUCUUCACCUACUUCUUCUCCUGCCUGCCCGGGCCCUGCGAGCCGCUGCCGCCCGCGCUGCUGCUGCCGCCGCCCGCCGCGCUGCCCGCGGGGCCGGGGGCGGCGGGGGGCGCGGGGGGCGGCAGCCGCCGCUUCCCCCAGGCCAUCAUCGUGGGCGUGAAGAAGGGCGGGACGCGGGCGCUGCUCGAGUUCCUGCGGGCGCACCCCGGGGUGCGGGCGGUGGGCGCUGAACCCCACUUCUUCGACAGGUGCUACGAGAAGGGGCUGCGCUGGUACAGGAGCCUGAUGCCACGGACCCUGGAGGGACAGAUCACUAUGGAGAAGACCCCCAGCUACUUUGUCACCAAGGAGGCCCCGCGGCGCAUCUACAACAUGUCCCGGGACACGAAGCUGAUCGUGGUGGUGCGCAACCCCGUCACCCGCGCCAUCUCGGACUACACACAGACCCUCUCCAAAAACCCCUCCAUCCCCAGCUUCCAGGCCCUGGCCUUCAAAAACCUCAGCACGGGACUGAUUGACACGAGCUGGAGCGCGGUGAGGAUCGGGAUCUAUGCCAAGCACCUGGAUAAUUGGCUGCAGUACUUCCCGCUCUCCAAAUUCCUCUUCGUCAGCGGGGAGAGGCUCGUCAGCGACCCUGCCGGGGAGAUGGGCCGUGUCCAGGACUUCCUGGGGCUCCAGAGGGUGGUGACAGACAAACAUUUCUAUUUUAAUGAGACCAAGGGCUUUCCCUGCCUGAAGAAGCCGGAGGGGGGAAGCAAACCCCGCUGCCUGGGGAAAUCCAAGGGGCGGCCGCACCCCAAAAUCGACGGGCAGGUGGUGCAGCGCCUGCGGGAGUUCUACAGACCCUUCAACAUGAAGUUUUAUCAGAUGACAGGGCAGGAUUUUGGGUGGGACUGAGCCAUCCCCAGGGCAUGCUGCCGGGCUGGCACCUGGACUGCCAGGACCGUGGUCCAGGGAUGGCCAUGGCCACCCCACCAGCACCCUCCUCCCUUCAUUUUAAUUUAUAUCAGACCUUUUCUGGCAAGAAAUGGACUUUUCUGGAGUAGAGAGAAAUAUUUAAGAAAUAAAGCCACAGAUGAGCCCUCUCCCCUCCCUGAGCAGAUUAAAUAUUCUUCCAUAUAAA